CUCGCGCAAGGUCACUGGAAAUUUCUUUUUGCAAUUUACCAGCAAGGGCGCGCCGUGUGGCCACAAUCUGUGGCAUGUCGCAGCGGAUCUACCCGCCCCCGGGAGGAAAAUUUGGUUUGUGGUGGUGUUCGCCGAGAAGAAGCUAGUAGAAAAACAAAAUCGCUCCAGCACUUUGCUUUCUUGCUCCUGCAUGCAUGGACUGCUAACGCACGCCCAAACUCGGCUUCCUGCCCCUUCGGUGCCAUGUGAUGCGCUCUUCUUGGUUGGUUUUUCGCAGUCGUUUACGCUCUGGCACUGGCUACUUUUUGUUUUAUUGCGGGCUGACUGUCAUAGUCAUACGAAAUAAAGCAUCCAUCCCGAAGAGGAGGACGUUGAAAACCCCGUUUGAAGAGACUAAACUCAUGGCCGCCCCCUGAUCAUGUCCGUAUCCAUUCCAACCAGCCGGCGCCUCUACUUGUGGGAAAACUCUGUUGCGUAUGUUGCCUUCCUGGACUCAAAUUAGUUAUCCUUCUGCUACGUACUUCGAGGCAGACGUGCAUGCAUUUGGGCAUCUCAUAGGAAUCACUUGUCUUUUGCACCGCGCUCGUACGCGAGCCAAGACGUCACAUCGACGGGGCGUCUUUGUAUCAAAUGAUCUGCUAAACUUCUAUCUGUCUCGUUAAUACCGCAAGAAAGCAGCAUACGCAAGCGCAACUUUCCCUCUGCAUACCUCAGAGCGCGCCAUCAUGGGCAUGCCGUACCUGCUGCCCCGGAUAACCAAGCUUCAUUUCCGCACCGCGCCGGAGAACACCGUCGCGCGGGAUUUUAUCGACUUUUUCGUCCCGGGGCUAAAAGUCGCGCACCCAAACUCCCUAGACGUGAAAUGGUUGAAAACGCCGAAGCUAGGCUCUACAAUACCCUCAACAUCGUCUGCGACCGCUAGUAGUGCUCCUGUCGCCGCGGGAGCUAGCAGCACCUCGCAGAAAGCGGAAUCAAGUGGGAGUUCAGCCGCGGUCAAAGAAGAAGAAAAAUCAACACAAACUUCUACGGUGGAUGCUGGAGUGGAAGGAUCUUUGUCCCCUGAGGAGCUCGCUGCUGUUGCAGCGGAUGGUGGUACCAAUGGAGUUUCGAGUCAUGCUAUACCAGACUCUGCAGCAACAUCAGAAAAAGGAGUUCUUCCACCUGUAAGCACAAACACAAACGACGUAGCACCUUUGCAACACCUUGACGUUCUGGAGGUUACCUUGCAAAGUGACGAAAAAGGUGAUAUAGAUUUGGCACACUACCAAAGCUCGCACCAGCUGAUGCACAGGUUGCUGAGGUUGUGACGAAAUAUUAAAACGAAUUGCAAGAGUACAGCUACAUUCUGCCUCUGCGAAGACGGAAU